AUGAGCGCCUUUUAUCUGACCGUGUUUGGACUGCGGUCGCCUGAGACGGAAAAGCAUCAGCGUCAUGCGUUAAACUGUCUCUACGGCGCUUCGGACGCCGCUGCUGUCGACGACUCAUCAACAUCUGAUCUGCCUCCUGAGGUGCAAGCGGGGGCUGACGUGCAGCGGCUUGAUCAGCUCGAGAUUCGCUUUCGCCACUUUGCUCAUCCUCCGGAAAAGAAGAAGGACGUCUUCGUGUUGAUCUUUGCCGCCGCCGACACCAACGUUCGCUUGCCUUGCGUUCAGAGCCACUUCAAACUGAAGAACAUGCGCAUGGCUGCCAGCGACGUGCUGGAGACUCAGCUCCAACUGAAAGGCGGGGCCGUCACCCCCCUUGGCCUCAUCAACGAUCCUGGACACGCCGUGCACGUCGUCUUGGACAGUGUCAUCACCUCUAGCCUUGAACAGGAGGUCCUUCUUCAUCCCAUCGCCGGCAAUCACCACUCCUUGGUGAUGUCGGUCGAGGCGCUCCUACGGUUUAUCCAGAGCUGUGGUCACCCGGUCCACGUGGCCGACUUUGCAGCAGAGCGCCUGGCCCCGCUCUGA